AUGAGCAACGACACUCUCGACACGUUCCACGGCUGGCUCGGGCACUCCGCCGCCGCUGCAGAUGGCCAGAUGCAAUGGGGUCCCUUUACACCCCGUGCCUUCCAAGACGACGACGUCGACAUCGCCGUCACCCACUGCGCCGUCUGCCACACCGACCACGGCAUGCUCACCGGCGUGUGGGGUCCCGUCGAGUAUCCUCUGUGUGUAGGCCACGAGAUCGUAGGGCGCAUCGUCCGAGUCGGCCCCAAGGCCAAGGACAGAUUCGCCAUCGGCGACCGCGUAGGCUUUGGCGCCCAGUGCGACGCAUGCCUGAACCGCCCCUUUCCGUACUGGAACACGGCCGCAUCCGCUGCCCCGGCGGCCGGCGAUGGUCACCAGGGCGGCUGUGUCCCCUGCUCGACCGGCCAGGAGCAGUACUGCCCAGAGAUCGUCCCGACGUAUGGUGUACGGCGGAACUACGACGGCACGCUCGCGAGGGGCGGCUACGCGACGCACUUCCGCGCAAAGAGCCACUUUACCUUCCCCUUGCCCCCCGAGCUCCCCUCUGCGCAUGCAGCGCCAAUGCUCUGCGGCGGCAUCACGACGUACUCCCCGCUGGUGCGCUUCGGGUGCGGUCCCGGAAAAGCCGUCGGCGUGGUUGGGCUCGGCGGGUUGGGCCACUUCGCCGUGCUCUGGGCCAAGGCCCUGGGAGCGGACCGCAUCCUUGGUUUCUCGCGGUCUGUGGGAAAGAAGGAUGACGCAAUGGCACUGGGAUGUGAUGAGUAUCUGGCCACUUUGGAAGAUGGGUACGCGGAUGCGAUCAAGGAGAGGGAGGCGAGCCUGGAUAUCAUCCUUUGCACUGCCUCUAGCGUCGGUGAGGAGCUCGAGAGCUACAUCACUCUCCUCAAGCCCGGUGGCACUUUUGUGCUACUGGGUAACGCCGAUGGUGGGAAGCUCCAAGUGCCGACGCUGCCGAUGCUGAUGAAGAAGAUCAAUGUCGCGGGGUCCCUCAUUGGUUCGCCCGCUGAGAUCCGUGACAUGUUCAAGCUCGCAGUUGAGAAAGGGGUCAAGCCGUGGGUUCAGGAACGGGACAUGCAGGACGCGAAUGAGGCGCUCAAGGAUAUUGCGGCAGGCAACGCACGGUACAGGCUCUGCCUGGUCAACAAGGAUGCUUGA